AAGCUGUCAAACUCCAAAUAUAAAAAAUAAGAAGUUUGGCCUAAAUUCAUUACUGAGAUCAUCUUUUAAAGGUUCGCUUUGGCACUUAACCAAAACAAAAUACAGCUGUUCGAAAUAAUUUAGCGCCUUUAUUUUUAUAUUGUGUUAAUUAAGUUUUAAAAGAAAUUAAAAAAGAAAAAUAAUCUUCCCAACAUGAAUUCUCAAAGUUAUUUUCCCAAUUAUUAUGCGGUUGAAGAUUUAUUCGUUACACAAGAAAAAGUAGAGUGUAAAGUUAAUGCAAAACUUUUAAAAAUGGGUUUCCUGGACGCGGGCGCCGAAACUGAAGAUCUUAAUCCUGGUCGCAAUAUUAAUUUGCCUUUGUGGUAUAUUAAGGAAUUGAAAGUUAAUAAUCCCUAUUUUACGGUCAAUGUUCCGGAUAUCUAUAAAAAUGUACACAAGGCAGUGUGUGAAGCAGAAACUACACACAUAGAAUUGGGUAAAUUACAUCCGUAUUUCUAUGAGUAUGGACGCUAUUUAACACCCUACGAUCGUAAUCAUGUGGUGGGUAAAAUUGUAUUUGAAACCAUGCGUCAAAGAGUAAGACAUUUGCUGGAUAUAUCCAAAAAUACGACGGAAAGUGGUAAACCUGAACAUCGUUUAGAUGACAUAGAAAACAAACUCUAUGAUGCGGGAGUGAAAACCAACACAUUGUUCACCAAUUGGCUGCAAAUGAAAUCCAACAAUAUAGCAGUUUCCGAAAUGGUGCAAGAGCAUACCAAGAAACGCAAACGUGAGCGAAACAGCGAUGCUAAUGAGGAUUCACCCGAACAAGAUCGUAAACGUCAAACUUUGUAGCUUUUUUCAGUUUUAACAAUAAAUUUUAUUCAAACACAA